AUGGUAUUUGGCCGAACUUCGGGCGGGCUAUACGCCGGAGCCGCAUCCGGGUUCGGGCACUCAGCGGGCGCCGAACUCGCCGGCAGCACCUCAGCUGAAGGUAGUUACGGCGUUUCUGUUGCCGGAGCUAAAGGCGUAGGUGUAGGUGUUGUUAAAACAGUUGAGGUCGAACAGCCUACACCAGUAGUAACAAAUGCCAUAAACAAGAAUGUAGAAAUAGUGAACACUGUAGAAACUACAGCUCCUGUAGAAAAAGUUGUUCCAGCUAAGCAAGUGUCCGUUGUCGAAACCGUACCAGCUGCUCAUGCUGGAUUUACAUUCACAAAAACUGUCCAACCUGUUGCGUACGUCACCAAAACUGUCCAGGCCGCUCCCGUCGUUGCAACCAGGGUUAAGGUCGCAGAAGUGGAGCAAAUGACAGAAGCCCCAAAGAAGGAAGUUGUGCAAGAAGUUGCCCAAGAAGUGCCGCAAUAUUAUAAUACAGUUUACUUGAGGAAACGUUUCCGCCCAAGACAUUUCUACAAACAUUAUGGAUUCUAUCCAGCAGUUCAAUAUGCAUCAAAUGUUGAGGUUGUUCCAGCACCAGUACAGGCCCAAGUAGUGAAACAGGUAUCCAUUCCUGUUCCUCCUCCGGUAGUUAGGACAGAGUUUGUAAAACAGGUUCAAGUACAACCUGCACAGGUCGUAAAGCAGGUCGAAGUUCAACCUGUUCAAGUAAUUAAAGAAGUGCAACCUGUCCAGACCCAUGUCGUAAAACAGGUCUCAGUACCUGCUCAAGGAUCAUUUGCUGCUCAAGGAGGUUUCACAGUCGGUGGUUCUAAGGGUUUUUUUGAUGACAUUUUCAACAUUCCUAUCUCCACAUUGGGCGCAGUAAAUCAAUUUCUGAAUAAUAGAGCCGCUGCUGGUGCUGGUGCCUCUGGAAGCGUACAAUUCAGCAAGCAAGUUUAUGGUUAAAUAUAUAUUUAUUUUAUCAUUUUAAUUAAUUUUAGUUAUAUAUAAUUUAAUUGACAAUAGAACUAGCUCUCUAUGUUCUUCUAUGCUUUAUGUAAUGAAUU